UCUCCUUCCUGCACCUCAUCUUCAUGCCUCCCUCUCUCUCUCUCUCUCUCUCUCUCUCUCUCUUUCAGUCUGACGCGUGACGCUGCCGGAGACAGAUCACGGAGCUCUCUUCUGCUCCUCGCUGGGAUCUGAACACUCUUUUCGAGCAGAUAAGGACAAAGAAAGCCGAAAGAAUCGAGGAAAAACCGAGCGGAUCAAGAUGCAGAUAAAUGGAUAAAUGGGGAGAAAAGUGACUACUCGGAGGAGGCAGGACAAGUGAAAGAAAGAGGAGAAGAUCUUUCUAAAAAUACAACCCAGCUUACUCCCUGCAUUCUGUUAUUUUCUCUCUCUCCCGUCUUUGUCCCCUCCUUCAUUCAGUACCUGUUCUGUGGGAUUAACAUGACUUAAAAUUCAAUCAGCCUGCAGCCUGACGGAAGAGCGACAGAGGAGGCAGACAGAGCGCUGCAGCUGUCGAGACCGAGUGAGGGGACAGCCAACGGGAGGGGAGAGAGAGAGAGAGAGGGGGGAUAGACAGAGGGAGAGAGGGAGAGGGAGAGAGAGAGAGAGAGAGAGAGAGAUGGGUGUUUUUCCACGGAGCUGAGAUAGAGCAAGAACCGCGGAGACAGAGCGAUGUGACGCUUCCAAGAGUCGCUGUGGAAUGAUCCGGAAAACAAGGUUUGGAGGCACCCCUCCGUCUCCCAAGCCCCCCACCCUCUCCUAAACCCCCUGUUCUCUGCUUCCCUCCAAGGUCACCAACGAACAGCUAAUUCAGGGUGUGGAAACAAACAUGGAUCUCACCGAGUAGAGAGCAAAGAGGCCCGGAGACACCCUGGAUAUCACUCCAGGAAGUAAGGGAUGGACAGAGCUUGCUGAAUGAGUGGCUGAGGAGAAAUGUUGGGGAGAAAAAAAGGAGAAAAGAGGGAAGAUUUCUACCUGGAUUCUAAUUGCUCCUCAACUAAACCACUCAAGACAUCAAGGAAACCCGAAUACAGCGAUGAGGGAAUCAGUUCAAGACACCACAAAUAGGAUUGUAAGCACAGUGGAUUCUUGGAUUUUCAUUCGCCCCCAAAGUGAAGUCUCUAUUUGGGAAUACUGCACCAGGAUCGAGCGAGUCUUUCAGGACCCUUCAUCUGCAGAAGCCUAGGAGGAUAUUGUGGGAUCGAAAUUUUCUUCAACUCUCUGGUUGUCUGACACUGACCUACAUCUGCCUGCGUUUGAUGUUUGUGGGGGCGUGGGAGUGUGCAGGGGAGUCGGACAGGUUUUCAACACACGAUCCCCCCACCCCCCCCCCUCCAUCAACGACCCUUCGCCCCCCCCCCCUCCCGAACACCAACACCCUGCAAGCUGGCCCGACACGAGUAGAAACACCCGGGGCCAGAUCUGUGCGAAACACUGACACACACUCAUACACACAAACACACACAAACCUGGAUACCAUGUGGAGCUGAUUCGGAUUAUAGAGCCGCACAGACGGAAAAGGUCUGUGGAUCGCCAGGCGUUCUACCAUGCCUGUCCCCUUACCCCUCAACCCCUGCAGACAGAAACACCUGCCCCACGCACACCUCCACCCCACACAAAAAGCUGGGAGCCCCACUUCCCCCUCCCUUUUCCCUCCAUCCGUCCUGUCUCUUUCUCUUAUUCCCCCUGUUCUCGUCUCAUCGUUGCCCUCCUCAUCACACCUCAUCCACUGCGCCUGCCCCAGGGCGAGCAAGAGGACGCUCCCCGAUUCGGUCACCUUCCCGGUGUUUCACUGGCUGACGCUGGUCACAUGCUGCCUGCUGCCUUCCCUGAUUGGAGCGGGAGAGACAUGGGGCGUGGUCUCAGCCUGUCCCUUCCACUGUGUGUGCCGCAACCUCUCGGAAUCCCUCAGUACGCUCUGCGCCGACAAGGGUCUCCUCUUCGUCCCGCCGCACGUUGACCGCCGCACCGUGGAGCUGCGACUGGCCGACAACUUCAUCAUGGAAGUGGGUGGAAAUGACUUUGUUAACAUGACGGGACUGGUCGAUUUGACGUUGUCAAGAAACACCAUCCACCUUAUUCGACCUAUGGCCUUCGCCGACCUGGAGAGUUUACGCUCCCUGCAUCUGGAUGGUAAUCGGUUGACAACACUCGGACCCCGAGACCUUGCAGGUCUGGUUAAUCUACAACAUCUGAUUGUCAACAACAACCAGCUAGUCAAAGUUUCCACCCAGGCUUUUGACGACUUCCUGCUCACGCUGGAAGACCUUGAUCUGUCCUACAAUAACCUCAGGAGGGUACCAUGGGAGUCCAUCCAGAACAUGGCCAGUCUACACACUCUGAACCUGGACCACAACCUGAUCGACCACAUAGCAGAAGGAGUCUUUGGAGAGCUGUACAAGCUUGCAAGGCUGGACAUGACCUCCAACAGACUCCGGACCCUGCCUCCCGACCCUCUCUUUGCAAGGUCCCAGACCGGUGCCAUAAGUCCCACACCCUACAACGCCGUCAUAAGCCUGAAUUUCGGAGGGAACCCGCUGCACUGCAACUGUGAGCUGCUGUGGCUCCGGCGUCUUAUCCGCUCAGACGACAUGGAGACAUGUGCCACUCCUGCUCACCUGGCUGGAAGAUACUUCUGGUCAAUCCCAGAGGAGGAGUUCACUUGUGAGCCACCCCUCAUUACUCGGCACACCCACAAGCUCUGGGUUCUGGAGGGCCAGCGGGCCACUCUGAAGUGUCGUGCCAUUGGUGACCCCGAGCCGGUGGUCCACUGGGUUUCGCCGGAUGACCGCAUCAUUGCCAACUCGUCCCGGACCAGCUCCUUCAGCAACGGGACCUUGGAUAUGCUGGUGACGGUUGCCAGAGAUGAUGGAGCGUACACGUGCAUUGCAAUAAACGCAGCGGGUGAGGCGACGGCGACCGUGGACCUGAAAAUAAUCCCUCUGCCGCACCGAGGCGGAGCCGGUGGAAGUACAGGGAGUACCAGCGUCAACGCCAAGACCAACAGGAAUGUCACCAACGGGAUUUUAAGGAGCGAUCCGGGCUCGUCGGAUAUCAGCACGGGGAAAAACGGAGGGAUUAACAACGGCGUGGGACGCGCGGCGGAGGCGGACGACGGGAGGCGAGCCGGAGGGGAGGCGGACGAGGGCGACGGCGGCAGGACCUCCGACGGGGAGCGGGUCGACGUCGACGGGAGCAUGGAGGACGAAGACGGGGAGGAGGAGGAGCAGGGGCGGAUGGUUGGAGUACAAGGAGUCACAUCGACCUCGGCGCAGGUCCGGUGGGAUUUGGGACGUCUGUCCACGGCUUACGUUGUCUGGAUGUAUCAGAUACAGUACAACUGCACCGCCGACGACACGCUCAUCUACAGGAUUUUACCAUCAACCAGUGACCGCUUCCUGCUGAAGAACCUGGUUUCCGGUGUGGACUACAACCUGUGCGUGCUGGCCAUUUUUGAUGACACAAUCACGUCGCUGGCCGCAACGAAAGUCCUGGGCUGCACGACGUUCUCCACCAAGGAUGUUUACCCGGCGUGCCACUCUCUCCAGGCCCACUUUCUGGGCGGGACGCUCACCAUACUGGUUGGAGGCGUUGUCGUUGUCACCCUGCUGGUGUUUACCGUGGCGCUCAUGGUCCGCCACCGCGUUUGCAAUCACAGCGACCACAUGAUAUGUCACAACGGUAACACCGAGGCAGGGGGAGGGGCCUGCUGUCAGAGCGGCGGGGUUGGCGGCGGAGACAAAGGGGGAAACAGUAGCAGUUGCUACCAAUCGAAUGGUUCCGGCGAUAUGAUGAUGGUGGUCCUGCCCAAUGGUCUGCCCUCAAAAAGAGGAGGGGACAAGGAGAAGGAGAAGAGCAGGGAGAAGGACAAAGAGGUGGUGGAUUCUGCUUCUUCUCAGCCCCCCAAACUGCCGCCAAAGCCCAGGGCGAAACCCAAAGUCAACCUGGAGCAGUUUCUUUCAACUGGGGGGGUGGUUUCCACGACGACAGGAAGUGAGAUGGCGCUGGUGGUGAGGCAGCGCAAGCUGGAGAAGGCGCCACCGUACGAAAGUGACAGAACUCCACUCUACUACUCCCCCUCUCCCCCCUCCACCCUGCCCCGACAGUCGCGCUCCAGAGAGCGCCCAAGACCCCGUCUGGAGCGAGAACUGACCAACCGAGCCAGUUUCUCCCUGGCCGCUCCUCUGAGAGACUCGGAGCUGCUGGACUGGAGGAUAACGCCCAGGGGCAGGGACAAAUGGAACUCCUCGCAGGCCUAUCAGAGCCCCCUGUCCCCUCUCAGUCCUGCCUGUGGGACCGUUAGUAAACGACGGCACUCGCUGGAUAUGGGCUCCUCGGUCGCCCUGGCGACCGACGCCGCCGCGACCGUUGCCAGGCGCUACGGCGCCGUCAGCUACGCCAAGCGGCUGAGCGUAAUCUGGACCAGGCGGAGUCAGUCGCUGCACGGGAUGCUGGUGCAGUGCGCGUCGACCACGAGCACGACUUCCUCGACGACCAGCGACGAGGGCGAGAACAGCGGGGGCUUCGUGCCUCCGUGCAAUCUCCAGCGGGGAUACAUCCACGCUUACAACACCACCAACUCCAACUCCAACAGCGGGGUCGCGGUGGGUAAAGCCAGCAGUCUGAAGGACAGGGGUCGGGAGAAGGGGAAGGACGGAAGGAGCCCCGAGGAACUGGAGGAAAGCGUUGUAUAGGGACUGUGGAAAGAGACUUUGAAAACACGAGAGGGGUAAAUGGUUCCACGAAGGAAAUAUUUAUUAAAGAAGGCUAAAGAGGCAUAGACAUGUAGAGGGAACAGCAAAAAUGGGGGGAUAAAAAAACAGUAGAUGAGGGAACGAUUGUCAGGUCAGAUGGUUGAUUUGAUGGAGAAGAGAAAAAUUGCCUCGAGUCUCACUUAUGCAGCUCCUUGAUUUGGCCUGGGAGAAGUCAAGAAAUACGGAGAGCAGAACACCUGGAAGUCGGUGUAGAAUUUUAAGAGGAUCUCUCGCCGACUUGAAGAAUGAUGGGCAGAACCAAAAGCGGGGAUAGAGAAGUGACAAGGAAAAUGGGGAGAGUGUAAAAAUAACAUUGCGAGGGCUGAUUCUAAAAUGGUUUCUAAAAAACUUACGGCUUUAGCGCCCCAACAAAAAAAAAGAAAAAAGAAAGAUAGUCGAGACAAAGAAUGUGGCAGUGUGAAUGGUAUAAAGCGAGGCCUAAUGAAAGGGGGUGGGGGAGACAUCAAUAGUACGACUGAACCAAGGUUGUGUAGCAGAAGCGGCGGUAUGAUGAGCUGUGUGUGGAUGUCAGUAAAGCCAAUACACUAAUAGACCCAGACUUUUGCUAACACUUCAGACCUCCAGAGUGCCAGCCCCGACACCUCCACAUGGAUUUACACUGGAUCAAACGCAACGCCGCGACUGGUAAUACUGGAGAAAGCCUCUCGUCUGGCAAAAAAAAAAAAUAUAUAACGGUCCGGAUGCCACAGCUUCUCUCUGUUACUUUGAUUUCGGACUCCGACAACAGACGGCCAUUUUAAAAGUAUUUUCCAAAUCGCAACGAAUGUGACUUUGUGUCCUCUGUUGUCUGGACAAUGAUUUUGGCUUGCUGUGCCUGCGGAUUAUGGGAGUAUAAAUACAGAGAUGGGCGCAUUUGACAUGAUCAAUCGAUACAGGCUGGAAACGGCGAGUGCUGCACAGACAUUAUUAAAAGAAAGACAUUGGGAUUACAAUGGAGUCGAUAUGGAUUACAAAAUGGAGGAGACAGGGGUGUGUGAUGGAACAUGUGAGUGUGUGCAUUUCUGAAAGACGAGAUCACGCUGGAUGUCAGUCGAUAUCGGACCAGACAAAUGAAUAAUGCUAAUGGAUGCAUAAGUGUGCAUGCAUUGAUGGAUCAGGGAUGGAUCAGGGUGUGUGUGUGAGCGUGCGUGUGUGUGUUUGUGUGUGUGUUCAGGAGUGGCAAUCCGGUCAGUAAGACUCCAUCCAUGUUUAACAUGUUUCGUGCUUUCUGGACACGCUGUGAGAAAAAAAGAAAAAAGAAAAAAAAAAAAAAGAAAUGAGACGCAGGCGGUGAUAAAUUCAAUGUGAAGAAAGAGCAAAGUGUUAGAACAUUUUCAUCACAAGCAGUGAAAAUCACAAUCCUCAGUAAUGUAGCAUGGUCAGAGAGCGGCAGCAGUUCAAAGGGGGGGAAAAUUUCAGAUUCAUUUUUCCUGUGAUUCCUUUGUGCCACAAGAAUUCAUGUUGAAUCCAAACUGUGAAUGUUUUCAGAGAGGAAGAAGUU